AUGUAUUUGUUGAAAAUUUUUGUUUGCGUGUUUGUGGUCGGGUUUGCCCAAAGUGAAAUUUCGCAAAAAGCGCCGCAAAAGAGACAGAGGAAUCUGAUUAAAGAAAUGAUAAAUCCGUUCUUGGCCAAUUCGAGACAAAGCAGAUUUUUGUCUUUGUUCACCUUUGUCCAAUUCGACAACCAAAUCUGCACCGGCGCUACCGGCGACAACGGCACCUGCGUCUCCGCCCCCGAAUGUGCCCAAAAAGGAGGAACAGUGAAUGGUCCAUGUGCCGGCGGCUUCGGGACAUGUUGCAUGUUUUUAGCGACUUGCGGAGCGACGAUCCGAGAAAACGGCACUUAUUUCGUUCAAGGGGGUUAUCCCAAUCAAUAUGACGGCACUGGAUCGUGUCAGGUGACAGUGGUGAAGUCACAUCCCGAUGUCUGCCAAUACAGAUUAGAUUUUGACCAAUUCUCUCUAAUGGGUCCGGAACCCACCAACAACAUCUGCAACAAUGACCAAUUCAUCGUCUCCGGAGGCACCCCCGUCCCCCCCAUCUGCGGUAACAACGUCGGCAACCACCUGUACGUGGAUGCCGGCACCGGAGCGUCGAAUCCAGUUACUCUUUCAGUCGUAACAAGUGGCCCGAUGUUUCCUCGUAACUGGAAAAUCCGCAUUACACAAAUAGCUUGCAGCUCCAUUUACCGCGCCGAAGAGGGCUGUUUGCAGUACUUCACAGGGGUUGCAGGCCAGAUCCGGUCGUUUAAUUAUGAUCCGACGAGUGGAUUGCAACUGUCCAAUCAAGAUUACAGCAUUUGUAUAAGGAAUGAGAGGAAUUUUUGUGGUGUGCAGUAUUCCCAGUGUGAUGAUCCAGCACAUAAUCGGAGUCAGUCGUUCACUCUUUCGGGCAACUCGAAUAAUGCAGUACAGGCGAUGGUGGGCAGUACAGGAUCGUCAAAUUUCUGUCAAAAUGAUUAUCUUAUCAUUCCGAUGGCCACCAACGUGGGGAGACCUGCCACCGGCCCGUCUGCGAAUGUCGACAGGAUAUGUGGAGGAGUUCUGAGCGCCGAUGUAACGCUUCAGUCAACUCCGGUUAGAAGCACGGUAAAGCCUUUCAGGCUGUGGUUUCAUACCGACAGUACUGAAGCACCAAAUGAUGUCGCCAACAAAGGAUUUUGCCUGAAUUACGUCCAACAACCGUGCACAAAUAAUCUGGCUUAA